AUGACGCCCGAGCGGUUUGCAGAAGUAUCUUUGAACGUUGCUCGUCAUAUAUCUGCAGACUUGGAGAGGAUAUACCACAAUGUUGGGGAACAUGAUGUCCGCGAUGGUAGACCUUUUGCAGAAGCAAUCAAAAUAGGGGAGAUGGUCGAAAAUGGCCUCAAGACUGGCAGAAUUGUAAGUCAACUUGCUCUCAAAGCCACCACCCAAGCUAUCCAAAAUGGGUCGGGAGGUUUGGCAAACAGAAAGAAGAGACAUGAAAGGUCCAUGAUGGCUUCGGGAUCUAGGGAGUUUCAAAGAGGGGCAUCGCACCCUUAUGUGCAAGUACGGGCACCAGCUCCAAGGGCCCCUCGACCUCAGCAGCAAAAUUUUUGGGCGCCUUACAAUGCUCGUCCCAGGAAGGAUUAUGGUCGAGAGCAGAGGCCGGUAGAAAAAUUCACUCCAUUGGCUGAAUCAUAUUCUAGUCUAUUCCAGAAGCUAAAGCAAAUGGGCGUAAUUGGACCCAUCGCUCCCCACCAUAUGCAUCCCGAUUCGCAUGGAUUUCAAGCAAAUGCUAGAUGUGAAUAUCAUUCCGGUGCCCCAGGGCAUAGCACUGAUGACUGUUGGACUCUGAAAAGAGCCAUAGAGAGACUCAUUUCCGAAAAACUGAUUGUAGUGAUGAAUGGCGAGGACCCUCCUAACGUGACAAAUAAUUUGUUGCCAGCACACAAUGAUGUUCAUUUUGUUGGAAUGAUUGGCCGAGACCAAGAAUACAAGCUGGUCGAUCGAGCAGAAAUGAUAGUGGGUGCAAUUCAAGAAGGAGCAGGUCUGGAAGUAAGUCCCAGCCGAGAUGUGCCAUUGAUUGUGAAAGGCGCCCAAAACUCAAAUAAAGCAACUUUAUUUGUUCCAAAGAUCUCGAGGUUGGAAGUUCACUCUAGUGUUCCAAGCCCAAGGUUAUAUGUACUUGGAGGCCAUCCCGUCGAAAGGGAGAAGCAGGGAGGUACGAAAGGUAUAACAGAGCCUAUCGUAAUCAAACCUGCCAUGCAACUCCCUGUAACCAACACAAAAACCACUCCUUGGAACUACAACAAAACGGUGAUGACCUACAAAGGCAAGGAAAUCAUAGAGGAAGUGGGGGAAACUGGAGGUUUUACUCGAUCAGGGAGAUGUUACUCUCCAGAAGAGUUGAGGAAGGCCAAGCAAAUUAGAGAAGGCCAUUUUCCAAUAAAGAAGCCAGUCACUGAAGCAGAUGCGGAAGAGUUUUUGAAAAAGAUGAAAGUUCAGGAUUACUCAAUCAUUGAUCAACUAAGAAAGACUCCCGCUCAAAUCUCUCUACUAUCUCUUCUCCUACAUUCCAAAGAGCAUGCCCGUGUACUAAUCAAGGUCCUGAACGAGGUAUCUCAGAGGAAACCACAUUGA